AUGGCGUCCAUAGUUGACUGCUACGCAUCCAGUGAUGACGAAACACCCUACACCAACAUGAUGUCAACACCAACUUCUAAACAAGCCAAGUUUCGGGAUAUCAAUCCCAUGGCGACACCAACAAACAAACGAGACCUCAUCCCCAAAUCAACGGCAAAGCCCUCUGCGCGCCGUGUGCGCAGGCUAGGUGGUGCAGUCCAAAUGGUCGACAAUCCUCUAUUUCGGCCCUGGAACCUACAGGAAACCGAAAGUCCAUUUAAAACCAGCCCACGAAAGUCUCUUCUCCGUACUCCGCAGUAUGAUUUGUCAUUAUCCACACGAGAUACUCUCAACAACGACCUCAAAGGAACACCCGAACUGAAGAUUCCCAUGCUGUGCGCACCAGUUAGCCCUCUACAAGAAGUUGCUGAACCAAACAGCACCGAGCUCCGGGACGACACCAUGAAUAUGACAUUCAACACAGAACGAAUUGCUGAUCGUCUGAAGCGUUCCUUCGGUGGUUCGCGCCCCCUCUGCUCACCAUCUAAGAAAAGCAUGGAUCGAAAGUUCGGUCUAGAACCAACGUCUAGAUUUGGGGAUGACUACAACGUUACAGGCACAAUCUUUGAAGAGCCUGCUGAGACCACAAAGAGCAGACCAUCGACAGCAGAAUCAAGCUAUACUGAGCAAAGUGAAAUCAAACCAAUCAACGAAGACAGCUGGUCUGACUCUGAACUGCACAUAUCUGGAAUUCCAGAGGUUUCGGUUGCCUUGGAUAGCGUGGUGAUGAAGUCGCGGGGCUUAAAUGGCACAAAUCGAGUACCAUCACUUAAAUUUCCCAUUUUAAAACCCCCAAGCAUUUCAGACCGAGAGAAUACCGAUAUUGUCCUGGAUGAAUCAGAAGCAGAAAAUGAAGAAUUUGACGACGACUCAAUUGGGGCCGCGCUAGCAGAACAGUUUGCCAAUGACUGUCGCAUCAAGACACCUCCCCGUACACCGCCAGUGUCUAAACAACCUGCAAAGACGUUACAAUCGCCUCGUAAACAAGUUAAGCUCGCCACGGCCGCGCAGAGACAGACUGUUGACGACUUCUGGAAUCAAAGCACAAUUGACAACAUCAACACAGAAUUGAGUCCACAAACUCCUCUGCGCAUCUCAAGCCCUAUCAAAAGCCCUACCAAGAGCCCCUCGAAGCUGCACAAGGCUGAAUUUGAGGCUGGCAAGCAGGCACUUGCCAUGUCGUUUCUGGAAGAGCUGGAUCAAAAGAUUACAGAUGGAAAAGUUGGUGUACUAGCGCAGAGCACCGGAGGCGUAUCCCUCAUUUGGUCAAAGACACUCAACACGACCGCCGGCCGUGCCAACUGGAAAAGGGAAUCUGUCAAGGAAACCCUCACAGACGGUUCGACGGAAACGACAUAUAAACACCACUCCUCCAUUGAAUUGGCUGAAAAGGUUAUUGAUAAUGAGCUGAAACUCUUGAAUGUCAUUGCGCAUGAGUUUUGCCAUCUAGCAAAUUUCAUGAUUACGGGUAUUACCAACAACCCUCAUGGCAAAGAAUUCAAGGUCUGGGCCACCAAAUGCACUCAAACAUUUAGCCACCGUGGCAUCGAAGUUACCACGAAACACUCGUACGAUAUUGAUUUCAAGUAUGUUUGGCAAUGCAAGGAAUGCUUUGCCGAACUCAAGCGACAUUCAAAGAGCAUUAUGCCUGAAAAACAGCGAUGUGGCCGAUGCAAGGGUCAGCUUGAACAAAUUAAACCUGUACCAAGAAAAACGACAUCGGGGCCAUCAGAGUACCAAACAUUUCUGAAGGAUCAGAUGAAGUCCAUUCGAGCAGAGAACCCUGACUUACCUCAGAAGGAUGUUAUGAAGAUUGCCGCCUCCCAGUGGAAAAACAAGUCAACGACAGCUUCCAAGGAACCAAUAGAAGUGGAUGAGGUUGAUGAUAUCCUGGGACAGGUUGGCAGUCUAUCACUAGAAGCCACCCUAGUCUCUUGA